AUUAAAUACGCACAUAAAAUUCGAUCUUCUUCCAACUCUCUCUCGCAAAAACUCUGCUUUCUCUCUCUAAAGUCUCACUCCAUCGCAGAAAAAUCGUAAUCCCUCGCGCCACCAAUUCUCAAUUGAUCUCAAAUCUGGAGCUUUUCCUCAACUUCUAUGAAUUGAAUUAUUCGGAAAGUUUAGAUUCCUAGAUUAGCACAUAAUGGGACCCACAAGAAAGUCGAGAAGUGUGAAUAACCGCUAUUCUUAUAUCGACGAUGUAUCUCCCAGCAAAGAUGGAUAUAAUGCUAAAAAAAGUAACAGUCGGAAAAGAAAGUUGUCUGACAUGCUUGGGCCUCGGUGGACCAUGGAAGAGCUGACUCGUUUUUAUGACUCUUACCGCAAGUACAGUAAAGAGUGGAAGAAGGUAGCUGGUGCUGUCAGAAAUCGUUCAGCAGAAAUGGUGGAGGCCCUUUACACUAUGAAUCGGGCAUACUUAUCUCUUCCACAUGGAACUGCUUCUGCAGCUGGGUUAAUCGCCAUGAUGACUGAUCACUACAGCAAUCUGGCAGGCAGUGAUAGUGACCAAGAGAAGAAUGGUGGAGCAGGAUCAUCCCGGAAGACACAGAAGCGUGCUCGUGGGAAAGUGGAGCCCCCCACCCCUAAAGCAUUAGAUGACAUUGCUUCACAAUCUCUAAUCACUGCAUCAAAUUAUGGCUGCCUUUCAUUAUUGAAAAAGAAUCGCUCUAGUGUUAGCAGAGCUCGUCCUGUCGGAAAAAGAACUCCAAGGUUCCCGGUUUCAUUUUCACGUGAAAAUAUCAACGGGGAGAAAUUUUUUUCUCCAACAAGGCAGGGCCUGAAAUUAAAGGCCAAUGCUGAUGACAAUGAAGUAGCUCAUGAGAUAGCUAUAGCUUUGGCAGAGGCCUCCCAGAGAGGUGGUUCCCCCAAGGUUUCUGGUACACUGAAUAAAAGAGCUGAAAGUGUAAUGUCCUCACCUUUUAGGCAUGCUCAAAGAAAGCAUAAUAUAGCAGAGAUAUCAAAUGGCAAGCUCUUGGCAACAGACACAGAUGAAGAAGAUUUAGAAGGAAGCACAGAAGCCGACACUGGUGAAUUAUCAAGGUGUAAACCCCAUUUGAUUGAAUCUGUAAGUAUUGGUACAACGAGACAGAAGGGAAACAAAUUUGAAGGGAGAAAGCAUGAAGUUGAUAACAAUAUUGAGAAUCAUUUGGAUGACAUCAAGGAAGAAUGCAGUGGAACAGAGGAAGGUCAGCAACUGCUGAGUGCAAUGAGAAAAAAGUUUGAUGUGGAGGUCAAUGACACCAAGGUGUCCAGAUCUCCGAUGCUGAAGAAGAGCAAACAGGUUCUCUUUGGCAGAGAUGAAGAACCUGCUUUUGAUGCCCUGCAAACACUGGCGGAUUUGUCACUGAUGAUGCCAACAGAUCAUGAAUAUGAUUCCAGGAUGCUGUUCAAAGAUGAUCAUGAUUAUGUUGACGAGACUGUGCCAUUAGAAUCUCCACCGGCAAACCAGCCAAGAGAAAAACGUAGAUCCUCAGGGGUAAGAAUGAAAGGACACCUAGCAUCAAGUGUUGAAGUUGCUUGUAGCAAAACAUCAAAACCUGGAAAUAGUUCAGUUUUUCAUGGUAGUUCUGUUCCUGAAGAAAACCAGGAUUCCCAUCAGUCUACCACCAAAUCAAGAAAAAAACAAAAGAUGCCAGUGCAUAAGAAUAAAAAAACUGAAGUUCAUGCUGAAAUUCAUCUUAGUGGAUCUCCAGGGGUUGAGGCUGGAGAUGCAAGCAAGAAAUCAAUACGGAGUAAAAAGUAUUCUCAAAGUAGUUCUCCGAAAGUGAUGAAAGUUUCAGAAAACUCUUCUGGUGCUGAUUUACAGAAAGAAGGGUCUGACUCAGCCCACUCAGCUACACAGGUUCUGGUCAAUCAGGUUAAUUUACCUACUAAAAUGAGGAGCCGGCGUAAGCUGAGUCUUAAAAAACCAUUGGUCAAGAAGGACCUGAAAUUUUCUGAAAAGAUCUCAAACAAUGAGAGUAAUCUUUCUCUUGGUUCACUCCAUGAUACAGUACCUAGAUUUAAGAACCUGUCUAAUUGUUUAGCGAACCAGCGCCUGAGGAGAUGGUGUACUUAUGAAUGGUUCUACAGUGGCAUUGAUUAUCCAUGGUUUGCAAAGAGGGAGUUUGUUGAAUAUCUGUAUCAUGUUGGAUUGGGUCAUGUACCGAGAUUAACUCGUGUAGAGUGGGGUGUCAUAAGAAGUUCACUUGGUAAACCACGGCGAUUUUCAGAGCAGUUCCUGAAGGAAGAAAAAGAGAAGCUUAAUCAGUAUCGAGAUACUGUUAGAAAACAUUACUCUGAGCUGCGCGAAGGUCUCAGGGAUGGACUACCGAAUGAUCUUGCAAGGCCUUUAUCAGUUGGUCAGCGUGUCGUUGCUAUUCAUCCAAAAAUGAGGGAGAUUCAUGAUGGAAGUGUGCUAACUGUUGAUCACUCGAAGUGUCGGGUUCAAUUUGACCGUCAAGAGCUAGGGGUUGAAUUUGCCAUGGAUAUUGACUGCAUGCCUGUAAAUCCAUUUGAGAACAUGCCUGCAAUGCUUGGCAGACACACAAUCACUGCUGAAAUGUUUGAGAGCUUCAAUCAACUGAAAGAGAAUGGACGAGCAAAGGAGUACAUUAAGCUUUCUCCUAGUGACAACCUGGAUAAUAUGGAUGAUAUUUCUGCUCUAUCUUUAUUAGCUAAUCCUGGCAGUUUGCUGAAGCAAUCAAAGGUUGCUUCAGAUGUUCCAACAAGGCCGGGAACUGGUGAUAACGCAAGGUACCAGCAGACAUAUUCUCAGUCCAGUACACCACUUGCUCAAAUCCAGGCAAAGGAAGCUGACAUUCAAGCUCUUGCACAACUAACUCGUGCCCUCGAUAAAAAGGAAGCUAUUGUUUGUGAAUUAAGGCUUAUGAAUGAUGAUGUGUUGGAAAGUCAGAAGGAUGGUGAUAGCCCUUUAAAAGAAUCGGAACCCUUUAAAAAGCAAUAUGCUGCGGUGCUUAUACAAUUGAAUGAAGCCAAUGAACAGGUCUCUUCAGCUUUACACUGCUUGAGAGAACGAAACACGUAUCAAGGAAAAUUUCCACCUGCAUGGCCGAGGCCACUGCUUGGUCUUGCUGAUCCUGGUAACACAUUCAAUUCUUUUGACCGUUCUGCAUGUCAAACUCAAGAAGUGGGAUCACAUGUGAAUGAAAUCAUGGAUAGCUCCAAAACAAAAGCUCGGACUAUGGUCGAUGCUGCAUUGCAGGCGAUAUCAUCACUGACGAAUAGGGAUGGUACCAUGGAGAAGAUUGAGGAAGCCAUAGACUACGUAAAUGACCAGCUUUCCUCGGAUGAUUCCUGCAUGCCAGUGAGAACUGAUCCUAAAUCCUCAAAUGCAUCUGACAUUGAGGCCCAAAUUCCCUCCGAGCUGAUCACAAAAUGUGUAGCAACUUUGCUAAUGAUUCAGAAGUGUACCGAACGACAGUUUCCUCCAUCCGAUGUGGCAAAAAUACUAGAUUCUGCUGUGACAAGCCUACAGCCACGAAGUUCGCAAAACCUUCCUGUUUAUACCGAGAUACAGAAGUGUGUGGGCAUCAUCAAGAACCAGAUAUUGGCGCUAAUACCUACUUAGUUAACCAGAAACGGUAUCAUGUCCCCUCCAAUUGUCUUGUGAUAUUUUUUGUCUCAGCUCUACCCUUUCUGUUACAUUCACAGGUUAGAUUUUACUCCUACCAGUUCUUCAUAUUUUCAUCCACCAGGAUCAGCUAGUUUUAUAGUUGUGGGAAAUGAGUGAAGAACACGUUGAUAUAAAUAUUUGUACAUGAUUUGCCAUCAACUCUAUAUGGCAGACUGCAUAGCCUGCAGUUUACGUUUAGUAGGGGAUGCCAUUAGCAGAUUGUAAAUAAGUUAGAGAGGCGAUGAAAGUGCAAUAAGUUAAAUAAAAUUCAAUGGUUUUCUA